AUGAGGAGAAGAGGGGAGCAGAGGGAUGACGGCGCCACACUCAUUGCCAUGGAAACCGAGCUGGACAACAGCUACGGCAGCAUCACCACGAAUGCACCUGUUAAACCGCCAGACAGGAACGUCUUCAGUGACGGCUCGACACGAGUUGAUUUCGUGUUGGUGUGGGAGGAGCCUAUAUACUCGCAGAAGGAGGAGAGCACAGGUGUUAGCCCCGCCCACAGCAAGUGGCGGGAGGUGUUUCUGAAUAAACUGCAACUCUCCGGACUGCUGCUGGAGCAGAAAGACGUCCUGCAGACGAAGACAAAGGUCCAUUUCGUGCUGCUCAGCGCUCCGUGGAGCGUCCUGUGUUUCUACGGCGAGGAGAUCAGCCUCAGAGUCCCUCUGCAGGUGGUCAAUGCUCCGAUCAUUAACUGGUCCGAGCACUUCCUGUCCCAGCUGUCCCUCCCCAACCCUCUGUCUCAGGAUGUCCCGAACCCCCCGCUGGAGUACUUCACCUGCCAGUUCAGGACCAACAAGCUGCACAGUUUUCUGGGCAUCGAGGACAGAGAGACAUUCUUCAAGACAACUCAGAGACACAAGGUGCUGUACGAGAUCCUGGCCCGGACUCCGUAUGGUUCGGUGAAGAAGGGCGAGGUGGGAAUCGACCGGCUGCUGAGUGAGAAGGUCUUCUCUGCUGCCUACCCGCUGCAUGAGGGCGGUUUCCAGCCACCGACCCCCCCGGUGUUCCCAGAGUCCUUCGGUCUGAGACAGAUCCUGUACACGUACUGGGCCACGUGGUCGUCAUGGAGACACUACCAGCCUCUGGAUCACAUCCGGGAAUACUUCGGGGAGAAGAUAGCGCUGUACUUCGCCUGGCUCGGUUUCUACACCGGCUGGCUGCUACCAGCGUCUCUGGUUGGUCUGGUGGUCUUCCUGUUUGGGUUCUGGCUCGUGGCCACCGAUGUUCCCGCGAUGGAGUUGUGUGACAGCGGGGACAGCUUCAUCAUGUGUCCUCUCUGUAAAGUCUGCACUCAAUGGAACUACUCCAGCAUCUGCCUAACCUUCAAGGCCGGUAUCCUGUUUGAUAACGGAGGAACAGUGUUUUUCAGUGUCUUCAUGUCUCUGUGGGCCGUCACCUUUCUGGAGUACUGGAAGAGAACUUGUUCGGCUCUGUCUCACCGCUGGGACUGCUCCGAGUUCGAGGACAUCGAGGAGCGACCGCGUCCAGAGUUCACCGCCAUGGCGCCGAUGACCAUGAGGAACCCGGUUACCGGAGCAGAGGAACCCUACUUUCCUGAAAAGAAACGGCUCAACAGAACUCUGACCGGCUGCAUGGUCAUCAUUGUUUUGAUUGCUGUGGUGCUGAUGUUCCUCAUCGCCAUCAUUCUGUAUCGCACGAUCCUGAGAAUUGUCAUCUCCAAGUCUAACAACUUCUUAUCGUUCUCUGCUGCAAGGAUAGCCAGUCUUUCAGGAUCUGUUUUGAACCUCUUCAUCAUCCUCAUGUUGUCCAAAGUUUACACGUCUCUGGCCAACGUCCUCACUUGCUGGGAGAUGCAUCGGACUCAGACUAAAUAUGAAGACAUGUUCAUCCUCAAAGUUUUCAUCUUAAAGUUCGUCAAUUUAUUCUCAGCUCCAGUUUACAUUGCCUUCUUCAAAGGAAGGUUCAUUGGUUACCCUGGAAAUUACAACACUCUGUUUGGACUCCGUAACGAAGACUGUGGAGCCGGUGGUUGUCUGAUUGAACUGGCUCAGGAGCUGCUGGUCAUCAUGGUCGGCAAACAGCUGAUCAACAACAUCUAUGAGUUCAUCUGGCCGAAGCUGAAGUCGUGGAAGAAGAGGAAGAUGCGUCUGAAGGAGGAAGAGAGGGAGGAAGAGGAGAAUGUUUCUCCCUGGGAGGAAGACUACCAGCUGCUGCUCUGCGAGGGACUCUUCAGUGAAUACAUGGAGAUGGUGAUCCAGUUUGGUUUCAUCACCAUCUUCGUGGCGGCGUGUCCUCUCGCGCCGCUCUUUGCUCUGGUUAAUAACUGGGUGGAGAUCCGUCUGGACGCUCAGAAGUUUGUGACAGAGUAUCGCCGCCCGGUGGCUGAGCGAGCGCAGGAUAUCGGCAUCUGGUUUCCCAUCAUGCAGCUGAUCACACACCUGGCCGUACUCGCCAAUGCAUUCCUCAUAGCGUUCACGUCGUCCUUCCUGCCUCGCCUGUACUACGGCUACACAAGAGACAGCACACUCAGCGGCUUCAUCAACUUCACCCUGGCAACAUCACCACGCAACUACAGCGGGCAAAACCCACCCUGCAGGUAUCGGGGGUUCAUGGAUCAGGAUGGGAAAUACCUCCCUGAGUUCUUUCACCUUCUCGCCAUACGACUCGCUUUCGUCAUCGUGUUCGAGCAUGUGGUCUUCUCUGUUGGUCGUCUGAUCGACCUGAUGGUCCCUGACGUCCCCGAGGACGUGGAGAUGAAGAUAAAGAGGGAACACUACAUGGCUAAAAAUGCGCUGGCUGAGAACCAGUCUUUGGGGAAAUCUAUGAUUGAUGGUGAGAAGGAUGUCCUGUCCAGAGAUCUGCGACAACGUGCAUCCGGCGCCUCGCGACCGCCGCAGACUGACUCCCCGCCACCAAACCUGACAGACCGCACAACUGCUAAAAUAUAAUUGUAUUUAUAUAAUAUAUUAUGACUCUGUGCUGUCGGAUGUCCUCGCUCUACCUCAACGUCCACAUCUCCGAGACUGACCCCUAAAGUCCAGUUCAGUCUGAAGAUUUGCGACGAAACGAAAAGUUAAAACUUGCAGGUUUCUGAAAGACGUCUGUUAGAGCUCUAAAAGACUUCAGUUGGAGCUCUAAAAGAUUCACCACUAUGGCCACGCCGAUGGGACUUGGUGUGGCCAUAGUGGGAUUCGUAAUUUUGCUUCCUGUGUGCAGUGCCAUGAAGAAUUCGUUACAUCGCAAGACCUGAUAUCACGCGAUACUUUCUGACGCUGAGGCCCAAAGUUGCAAGGGUGGUUUUUCUGCUCACAGGCGC